AUGGCGACCUUCUUCGGUGAGGUGGUGGUGGCACCGUCCCGGGCCGGCCUGGACGAGGAGGAGGAGGCGCGGGAGGAGACGCCCGAGGACCGCGAGAUCCGCAGGGAGAUCGAGAAGAAAAGGGAGAUCGAUGUCGUGUGGACCUGGCGGCCGGGCGGCUGUGCCGAGGAGCCCUUGGUGUGCUCCAGGUUCAUCGUGGCCAUCGGAAGGAACGCUGCGGCUUUCCUGUCAUCUUUUAUCCUGGAUUCCGUGUGCUGGGAGGUGGUUGGAGUUGUGAAGCUGUGGAAUGAGUGGUGCAGAACAUCCAGCACCACAAAUGUGCUCCCUACAGAUUCCUUCUGUUUGUUCUACAGACUGAUAUCAGAUCCCACUGUUUUAUUGUGCCAGUGUAGUUGCUAUGUGGCUGAGGAUCAACAGUUCCAGUGGCUUGAGAAGGUUUUUGGCUCCAUGCAGAAGAAAGGCUUGCAAGUAACCAUCCUUUCCACGUGUCCUGUUGCUGAUUAUAAAACUCAGGAAUCUACUCUGACACUUGUAUCUCCAUUCCUGAAAGCCUUGAAGACCAAAGAAUUCCAGGAGCAGGUCUGCUGCCCGCUGCUGGAGCAGCCCAACAUUGUGAGGGACCUUCCUGCUGCUGUUUUGAGUUACUGCCAGGUGUGGCAGAUCCCUGCAGUGCUCUAUCAGUGUUACACUGAUGUCAUCAAGCUGGACACGGUUACCAUUGAAGCCUUCAAGCCCCUGCUUUCUUCUAAAGUCCUGAAGAGUUUAGCCAAGGAUGCCUCUGAAAGCACCAAGAUUUUGAAGAAGUUCUUGACAACCAGUGAAACUCACAGUAAUAUCUACAUCUGACAAGGACAGUUCUGCACUUCUGUAAACUCCAGUUUCUUCUCUAGAGGACUUUUGGAAUUAUUUUUUUCCCUUAAAAGCAGAAUAAAUACGAGUAGAUUUUUACUUUUCCA